AGCAGCGGAAACGGGAGAGAAGUAGCUAGAAAACAAAAGAGAACACGCAGUCGUCCUCGCGAUUUGGUAUGCUCUUGCAGUGUUAUAGGAAUGCCCAAGGAAAAAUAUGACCCGCCGGAUCCCAGGCGGAUGUACACAAUUAUGUCCAGCGAGGAGGCAGCCAACGGGAAGAAGUCAUACUGGGCUGAGCUGGAAAUCAGCGGCCGAGUAAGGAGUCUCAGCACAGCCCUGUGGUCUCUCACCCAUCUCACUGCCCUGCACCUCAGUGACAACUCAUUGUCACGCAUCCCGCCAGACAUUGCCAAACUACACAACCUGGUGUACCUGGAUCUCUCAUCCAAUAAGAUCAGGAGCCUGCCGGCAGAGCUCGGCAACAUGGUGUCUCUCAGGGAACUGCUUUUAAAUAACAACCAGUUGCGGGUUCUGCCAUUUGAAUUGGGGAAACUGUUUCAGUUACAAACACUGGGGUUGAAAGGAAACCCACUUGCACAAGAAAUUAUGAGCCUUUACCAGGAACCUGAUGGCACGCGGAGACUGCUCAACUACUUGUUAGACAAUCUGGCAGGGGCUAUCAAGCGCAUACCAACAGAGCAGCCCCCAGCUCGGUCAUGGAUCUCACUCCAGGACCCAGACCGAACGUGGCCCUCAGCACUGUUCUCUGUGAUGUGCUACAAUGUGCUGUGUGAUAAGUACGCCACACGACAGCUAUAUGGCUACUGCCCCUCUUGGGCUCUAAACUGGGAGUACAGGAAGAAAUCCAUCAUGCAGGAGAUCCUGGGCUGCAAUGCAGACAUCAUCAGUUUGCAGGAAGUCGAGACGGAGCAGUACUACAGCUUCUUCUUGCCCGAACUGAAGGAGCAGGGAUACGACGGGUUCUUCAGUCCAAAGUCACGAGCCAGGACAAUGUCUGAGUCAGACCGCAAGCACGUGGACGGUUGUGCAAUUUUCUACAAGACGGAAAAGUUCAGCGCAGUGCAGAAGCACACGGUGGAGUUCAACCAGCUGGCCAUGGCUAACUCCGAGGGCUCAGAGGCUAUGCUGAACAGAGUGAUGACCAAGGACAACAUCGGUGUAGCUGUACUGCUCGAGGUCCGCAAAGAGAUGAUGGAGGUCUCCUCUGGAAAGUCACUCCACGGCAUGGAGAAGCAGCUGCUCCUUGUAGCCAACGCCCACAUGCACUGGGACCCAGAGUACUCUGACGUCAAGCUGGUCCAGACCAUGAUGUUCCUGUCAGAGGUGAAGAACAUAGUGGACAAGGCCACACGCAGCCUCAAGUUGUCCUCCGUCUCCGGUGAGACCAAUGCCAUUCCACUGGUGCUGUGCGCUGACCUCAACUCCUUGCCUGAUUCUGGCGUAGUGGAGUACCUUAGUUCUGGUGGAGUGGACUGCACCCACAAGGACUUCAAGGAGCUUCGUUAUAGCGACAGUCUGACCAAAUUCAACUGCAAUGGCAAGAACAGCACGUCCAAUGGCAUGAUCACCCACGGCUUCAAGCUGAAGAGCGCCUACGAGAACGGCCUGAUGCCUUACACCAACUACACCUUCGACUUCAAGGGUGUCAUCGACUAUAUUUUCUACUCCAAGCCUCACCUGAACGUGCUGGGCAUCUUGGGCCCUCUGGACCCCCACUGGCUUGUAGAGAACAAUGUCAGCGGCUGCCCACAUCCCCACAUCCCCUCCGACCACUUCUCCCUCUUCGCCCAGCUGGAGCUGCUCCUCAACGUGCCCCCCCAGAUCAAUGGGCUCCAUAUGCCUUCACGCAGGUAGUGAGUCCCUGCCACAUCACCAGGGGGGAGCUGCAACCACAGCCUCACCCGCUCCAACCCUCCUCCCUCCCACUACCAGCUCUUCCCUCUGCCACAACGGAGGAGGAAGACAAAAAAACACAACCUGUAAAAUAUUCGUACAGUGAGGUCUGGCCGACAGGGAUUUCGUAUAAUGUUAUAGAUAUUCUAUAUUUUUCUUUUUUUCUUUCUCCGUUUUUCUUUUUUGUUCUUUUUUUAACUGCUCGAUUCAGUCCCGUUCGUGUAUCAUAUUUUGUGUUUUGGACUUCCUUUCCUCCUGAGAUCCACCCACCCACCCACUUUGCUUCGGUCUUUCAUCUAGAGGGGAUGGUAGCUCAUUCAGAUUUGUCACAUGGGGCACUGUUUGUUUUAAGAGCAAGAGGAAACUUGGCUGAGGGGGCGACAUUUACCUGAAAAGCUCCGUGGUCUGCCUGUCUGUCUGUCCUGUAUAAAUCUGAAACCAGCAAAGACAGCAGACUUGUCAGUCUCAGACCUCCUUCAUUGGCUUGUGCUCGUGUCCCCUCUUACUUUGGGCAGCCAGUGUACUUUCUCAGUCUUUCCUGGAUGCACACGUCUGUCGAGUCGGAUGUCGUUGGGUUAGAACAGCUUUUAGCUGGCGGGUAAGCGUCCCUGGAGGUGGAUGUAGCGCAGCUCGUAUGAGGCGAGAUUUCCUGCUGUCAUUCUGUGGUGCUGAGGCCUUUUGUGUGGUCACGGCCUCCCGUGGUGCUACAAGAUAGUCUACACCUCUGACCCCGGCCCUGGUGCAUUAGCUACCAACACCCACAGAUGCCUCAAGAACCAGACGUCCGAGAAUUACACCUGCCUGAUUUCACAUGGGCGACAUGUAGUUAGAAUUUGUGAAGGAAGGAUACAGUGAGAAACUGAGAGCAGCUACCAUCCUGUUUGUAGACUGUUUCACCCCAGCUCGUACAGUUGUUAGGCUAGUCUUGUGCUUAGGAGCUCAUGUGUCCCACGUACCACCAUUGCUUGGUGAAGGGGCCAGGGAUUUAGGUGGAUGGGCAAAGCAGUGAGGGGCUUUCACAAAUCUUUUCUUUGUCUUGAUUGCUUUUAGGCAGAGAGAGCGAGUAAUGGCUGAUACACAGGAGUAAAACCAGCAUUCCUCUCACUGUCUGGAGUUGCCACCCAACUCCACACAUGCAAGCUUACACACACAAACACACAUGCACACACUUGCAUACACACACACACACACAACACAGGUAAUUUGCAGGCAGAUCUGUAGCACUGUCUCCGAGGCCAGUAGUGACUUUCCCCAGCCAUAAAUUCCAUACACAAAAGCAGUGGUUUUUUCACAAGUGUUUGUACAGAAUAGAAAUCUAGACUCAGUCUUUACAUGAUUGUAUAUGAACCACAAAAGACCUGUUUUCUGGCGUUUUUUGUACUAAGAGUAAAUUAUGAUCAGAUUUGAAAAAAAAGAUUGUAUUGUAAACUAUGGCUAAAUUUUUAUCCAGUUAAUGUUAAGAUGAAUUGAUAUUACCAGCUUGUACAAAAGACGUAAGAAGAGGUUGUUCAAGGCGUUCGCUGUCACUACUUUGCACUCCCUAGAGAUGAACUGUAAUUAAUGUAUCAGUAUUGUUUUAUUAUCCCCCCCCCCCACACCCCUCUGUGCUGUUGAUUUGAUUUGCCGGCAUAUUGCUGCGAUUGUAAAUAGACACUGAGUAAACUCUGCCUGUUGCUUCUUGCCCAUUAACAAAGCCAUUGAUCCACACUGCUGCCAUCAGUUCAGACAAAAGGAAGCGCAAGGAUGAGUCGCAGCCCACCAGCGACUCCACAUCUGUUUAUCUAUAGAUCUCACACACACACUCCCGCUAGUGGCGUGUGACUGACAAAACCUAUAUAAAUCCCACAUGUACAACAAAACAUCGUGCCUCACUGUAGCAGUUGUCGUUGUCUUGCACUAUUUACAUACGACGAACGCCUGAACAACCUUUUCUCCUUUUAUUUUUAAAUACUGUUGAGACAUUUGUGAAGAUUUUAUGUCCUUUUAUUGGGUUUUGUUAAUGUUGAUUUCCUUUUUUAUGAGCUGUGACAAUGUUAUGAUGAUGUGUAUAUCCUUCCUAUUCAUUGAGCUCUAGUAAUCAGGUAUGCUUUCUCAACUGACCCGUUCUCCUCUCCUUAAGGAACAUGAGUAUGAUGUCUUACCUUUAUUGGAUCCAUAUUCUCAGAUUGUUUGGCACCCUCUUUGUACCUUAGCUCAGCUCCAUGCCCAGACCCCCAGAGUGCGUAGUCCUUUGCUCCUUCCCUGGCCAUGAAUUUUAAAUCUCCUUAAGCCUGUCCAUCACCCUACACCCCAACCUCAAACUUUCCCUGCCCACGAUAUUACUCAAGCUGUGUCUGUUAAACCCCAUUUGCUCAACCACUUUGUAUAGUUCUCUUACCCUUGUCACUGCAGCUAUAGUGCCAUCUGUGGACCCCCUACCUCUGUAUUGGAAAAGGUGGAAGGCCGACUUUGCUCUUGCUUUUGGAGGGACAAGGGAGGGGGGCGGGCAGUGAGCUCGGCUGUUCCUCUCUGAAAACCAGUUGAAGGCAUCGCUAUGAAUCAAAUUUGUUCCAUCCCAAACAUUCGGUCAGCAGUGAGCCAUGGUUCUACACGGACACAACAGAUGAUGAGCACUUAGUAGAUUCAGAUGCAGCCCCCCCUCCCCACACCCCCUCCCAUCAUAUUAACGAAUAAAGAUCUCAUUAAUGUAUAUGCUGAAAUGACAUUUUUAUAGCAAGAGGGAAGCAAGUAAAUAGAAAGUAUAAGUUUAGUCCUCAGAUCAAGGUCUCUUGUCCCGUUUCUUUUCUCCCUACAUGUUUGUUUUUAAACUUUUUUGUUUGUUUUCAAAUGAAAACCAAUAUGUCCAGUUUUUUUUUUUGUUUUGUUUUUUCCUGAAUGGCAUUAGUAUUGUAGUAGAUUUAAAGGCUAGCUUUUUUGUAAAGUGUGAAUAAAAGAUGUAUCUCAUGUUUCCUUUCUAAAAAGAUAUUGAAUUGUGUUGUUGAUGUGUAAAUCAUGAAUUCUAUGAUGGUGUUAUGUUUGCUACAUUGUUUUUACUUUUACUCAGUACCCCCCCUCCCCAUAAUACUCUAUUUUCCAUCACAUACCAAAUCCUCUGUAGAAAUCAUGAUGAGACGUUGUCUUGAUGGGUUUAUUAGAGGAGUCGAAUGUUCCUGUUGAAGCCUUGUAGAAUGAAGGAUUGAGUGCUUGUUGGAGGAAAAGUACCUGCAUCGUUGGUAUCAGUAAAAGUUUCAGUACAGGGAUAUUCACUUUUCUUUCUUUUUUUUUUUUUUUCCUUGUUUUUACUUUUCAGCUUUAUUUUGGAUGUUGCAUGGCACUAGCUGGAGAGUGCUAGUGCCUGUAGGUUAGGGCAGCAGAGCUGUCUUACUAGUGGCUGCAGUUCAGGACUCGAGAACGCUGUUCUGACUGGUGUAAAACGUGUUUGUGAGACGAAGCUAAUGACCUGUCGCUGGUCGCUAGACUGGUUCUCUGAUGAUUUUGAGUACUACUAGUCCAUCUCACUCUGUUCUUGUGCUUCACAGUGGUUAAAUCUGUUACAGUAGCUAGAUCCUAGUGAUAGUCACCGAUUUGACUCGUAAAUCUCCCCCCCCCCCCCCCAUCACUCUCUUGUUAAACGACAGACUUCUGACUGAAAAUCUAGCAAAUCAACGAGCCGAGUUAUGUCACCCUGUGAGCCUCGGCAAGCGAUCACAUUGUUGGCUUUGUGCUUUCCACUUUGCAUUGUGUUUCAUAGUUGGCUUGUUAGGUGUAGAGUGAUUUCCCAGGCUGCAUCUCUUGGUAACGGUGCACACCAAAGCUGCUUGUAGUUCAGUUCUCUGUUGUAGAGCGAGUUCUUUCACCAACCAGUCACAUGUUUUCUGUUCGUUUUUCUUUAAAUCUGAGUCAUAGUCUUCAUGAAAUGUUAGGGCUGUAAGGAAAGCAAGGUACUUUUGUCCUUUUCCUUGAAUCACAUGAACACACUGCAUCCAUAUUCGUGCUCGUCUCUUGUCGGACUUUGGUUUCUCGACUUGUUUUAAAUGCACCCUUUUCCAAAAAAAAAAAAAAAAGAGAGAAAAAAAAAUCUUGGCAAUAAUACCCAGAAACAUUCAGACAUACUCAGAAUGGGUUUUUAAAUGUUUUAUCCGGAAAAUGUAGCUAUUUCAUCUUUCAAACUGUGGUCUUUUUUUUUUUUUUUUUUCUCGGCUUUUGAACUCUCCAUCUUCAACCCUCAAGACCGUUUUGUUACCUGAGCACCUUUUUAUGCUUUUUCUCCUCCCUCUCUCAUCAUCCAUCUUGUAUAUUAGCUCAUCUCCCUCUCCCUGCCGAUCUAGUGGUAGUUGUUCAAUGAUCAGGAUUGUCUAUCUGUAGUCAGCUGAGUACAUAUAUUGAUCUGUGUCACUGUGUUUAUGCACUGGACCAACUAUUGUUUACCAUUCAUGAAAUACCAGCAAAAAAAAAAAAAAAAAAAAAAGCAGAAGAAGAAGAAUGACAAACCACUUGCACAAUGUUGUAGAAUGUCCAUUAACCCAGAUGAGAAAUCAAGGCAGCUGUUUUCAAAUCAACACAUACUGUUUUAAAAGAAACUGAAUGGUAAACAAUGCUUUCUGUUGUACCCCUUAGCCGUCCUCUCGAUUCUCUUUGGACUAGUUUUGUUCUUUUAUUUUUUCUGUUUGACUACAGGUUCUGCUUGUUUCCUUUACACCUACCUAUGUAUUUUCCUACUUCUGGUUGAAAAUAAAUUCUAUAUUAUCUGUU